AUGUCCUUAAAGUUCACCAAAUCUAAUACUGAUAAUGAACCAUGGGUUCAAGUUCAACAAAAAGCCAUGAUAAAAUGGAUGAAUAAUACCAUCCAGGAUUAUGAUCAACUAGAACUUCCGUCCGUGACUUCCUGUCCAACUCAAAUAUCAAACUUGAAACAAGAUCUUCAAUCAGGUUUAGUUGUGAUAAAAUUAAUUAAUCGAUUAGUUUUUGAUUACCAUAAAGUACAAGCCAUAGCUAAGUCUAAAGGGAACACAACUACAAAUUAUCAUUAUGAUAAACUAUAUUACAUAACUCCAAUAUACUCCAAUCCUAAGUUUAAAUUACAAAAGAUUGAGAAUUUAAAUGAUGUGUUAAAAUUCUUAAGAUUGAUUUUAAAACUAAAUACUUCUAACAUAAGUUCCGAUAAUAUCUUCGAUGGAGAUUUAAAACUAACACUUGGAUUGAUAUGGUCAUUGUACUUGUUUAACAUGUCCAGUAAAUUCAUGACUUCAACUGAUACUUCCUCAUUCUUUCAAAUCAAACAAAUCAUAUUCAACUGGUUAAACCCAAUCGUUCCAAUUGCAAACUUUCAUAAAGAUUGGAUUCAACCUGUUCCUAUAUUUAUGUUAAUUUUCAACCAUUAUAGUAUAACAUUACCUCCAUCCAGUGAUUUAACAAACAUUAUUUCAUUUAUGCUUGAUGAUUUACACAUCCCAAUCCUCAUAGAUGUUGAUGAUUUCCCAGUGGAUGGUUCAAGUCCAGAUGAGAAAUGUAUCGUUACGCUUUGUGUUGAAUUAUAUAAAUAUUUUGAAGUCGAUAAAAAUAGAGGAAAUAUUCAUUCCUCUAUAUUUGAAGAAGAUGAAGUUGUCGAUGAUGGUGACUUUAAUGAAUUGGUUGAAUUCAUAACUUACUCGAAUAAGCUCAAAAAUAAAUUUGAGACAAAAUCAUUAAGAUUCAUCAAUAGGAUAAACUCCACCCUAAAUGAAUUAACCGAUAAUCACGAAACCUUUAAUCAAAUGGUGUCUACCAUUGAUAAUGAUUUAAAGAAUACAAUUGAUUUGUUAUUCGAAACCAUCAACCAAAAGGACGCUUAUUCCACUCCUUUCAUAAAUCAAUGUUUGAACAAUUUUAAUCAAUUAAGUUUCAAAUUUGCAACCAUAACUAAAAUCCUUGAUUCAUUUAUUACAAUACGUCACAACAAUAAUGAAUUGGUAAAUGAUGAUUACAAUGAAAUAAAACAGUUACUAAUUGAUUUGAAUAGUCGCUUAACUUCAAUUGAUUUGAUUUAUUAUCCAAAUAUAAAAUCAUUAAACAUUGAUAAUCUAAACUUAAAGAUUCAAAAUUUGAGCCAGAUAAAUCAAAAUUAUUCAUUGAUACUAUCGCAAUUAUACCAAACCAUACAUCAGAAUGAACGAUUAAAUGAAUUGAUACUGCAAAAGGCUUCAUUAAAUAAAGUGGGUCAUAAAACGUUGUCCAUGGAAUGUGUUAGCAUCAUGGAAGAUAUCCAAUCUUUUGUGAACAAAACUGAUUCUGGUUAUGAACAAUCAUCCUCGUUAACUAUAAAUGUCGACUCCACGAUCACCAGCAUUACAACUAUCGCUAGCAGUAGAGUUUCAAAAUCAAAAUUGGCUGCAUUUAAAUCAAAGUUGAGAGUUGGCAAUAAUGAUAAUUUGACUCAUUUCCAAUUAAUCAAAUUACUCAAAUCAACUUCAUCAUUGAACCUCGAUCAAACUAAUAUAGAUAAGUUAAUCAAAUUGAUUCCUUUGAAAUCGAUCAUUAUCAGCUCUCAUUCAUUCUCAAGCACUUUAUCAAAUGGCACUCUAAGUACUGAUGAUGAUUACGAUGAAGAUGACGAUGAAGAGGAAGAAGAUAUUGUUGAUCGUAAGAAGAAUAAGAAAAGUUUAAUUUUUGAUGAAUUACAACAGAAAUUGGAUUCUGAAUUGUCAGGUACUAGGAAUAAAGUUUAUGAUGUUAAUGAAUUCUUGCAUAAACUUGAGAAUGGAUUCAAACUAUGA